AAUUGACUUCUACAAGUCAAGCAUCGAAAUCGCAAACGUUAAAACGCAGCCGCUCUCCGGUUUUUCGGCCCACAGAAACACUGGAUCCUCCCUCUGCUCCAGCCUCUGGUUUCGCUCCUCAUUAUUCCAAACCUACCCAUGCAAACGCCAUUAUCAGGAAUGCCCAUAUGUUCGGGGCAUGCACUGGGCCCACCUCGACUGAAGGGAUCGCUUUUGUUUAAAAUCCUCGCGCAUUUUCCAGUCGUUUAUAUCCCAAAUACAUGGCAGCCACCGAAUAUCGAAUCCAUCUUUGACCUGGGGAUCGAACCCUCAACCGUAUAAACCAAAUAUCUGUUUCAGAAUCCGUGUUCCUCCAGGAUACUUGCAGCAUAUCUUUAUCAUGCUUCUUCUCGAGCACUCUUCACAAGCGUUCUUAUUCUUCUUAUUUUAAAGCCACACGACCAGAUAGAUAAUCGGCUAGGGUUCGAGUCUCCAAUGCCGACUGCUGCUGUUCAGAAAUUAUACGAAGCCUGCAAUGAGAACUUCUCUUCUGUUGUUGCUCCCGAGCCAUCCUCUCGCUCUAUUCAAACGUUGCGUUCUGUUUUAGAUUCUAUUAAACCUGUUGAUGUGGGGCUAACUGAGGAAUUAUUUGAAAACAUUUAUGGCUAUGGUUUUUUAGAACCAAAUUUACAGAAAGGUGAACACUCAAUGAUUGCAGCCCAGUGGGAAGCACCCAUCACUUAUUUUCAUGUUUAUGAGUGUGAUAGAUUUUCGAUAGGUAUAUUUUGUCUGCCAGCAUCAGCAGUCAUUCCAUUUCAUGACCAUCCUAGAAUGACAGUUUUUAGUAAGCUCCUUUUCGGAUCAAUGAACAUAAAAGCUUAUGAUUGGGUUUAUCCUAUGGAUACAGAACCAAAUACAUCACAAUUAAGGUUAGCAAAAUUGAAGAUUGACAACAUUUUUACAGCACCAUGCAAUACAUCAAUAUUACAUCCUACAUCUGGAGGCAAUAUACAUCAAUUUAGAGCAGUGACUUCCUGUGCAGUGCUUGAUGUUCUUGUUCCUCCAUAUUGUGAUACAGCUGGAAGGAGUUGCACUUAUUAUUGUGAAUAUCCUUACUCAAGUCUUCCUGAUGAUGGUAAUAUGAUAACUGGUGUUGAUAGCGAUGGGGGUUUUGCAUGGUUGGAGGAGAUAGAAAAGCCAGAUGACUUUAUUGUUGAAGGAGCAGAAUAUAAAGGUCCACUAAUUGAAGCUUGAUAAGCUUUGUGUAUGUAAACCACAUAUGCAAUUACGCAAGUAUCUGUUUUAGAGAUUUUAUACGUGUCUUUUUCUGCUGGACUGUACCAUGUCAUAAGACCAAUUUGGAGGUUGAAAAUUAUAAACCUAGUUGCAAGCAGUUAGUAGGCUUUGUCAGAUGCAUUUGUAAUGAAAUGAAUUGAUAUAAUAUGCUACAAUUCAAUUGCAAAAAUUUAUCAAUGUUUUUAAUUCAUUGGUAAAUACAAGCAAAAUGCUAAAUAAGGUUGUUGUCGUUAGAUAUUGUAUGCAAAUUGCAAUAAGCAUGUAUAAUUGAUGUGUCAA